UUAUCGCUGUUUUUCGCGAUAAAUGGAGCACAUUUUCCAUUCCAGUAGUUGGUCAAUAAUAUCACUAUACGACGUACACGAUUAGAAAUAUUUUCGUGAAAUAUAUCAAUUAGCUGGGAUGAUUGUAACAUUUUAAACUGCUGUUAUUGAUUAGUAAAAUCAUUGUGAUCGAAUACGAAAAUCAAUUUUGAAAAAUGACCUCGCUGUCGCAAUCAUUUGCCAAUCUCAAAGAUUAUCUACCAUUCUCCAGCACAGACAGUAAAAAUUAUCGAUCGAGUAAAUCAAAACUGUUGUAUGAUUCACUGGAUCCCGAGGUCGGUUUUCGGUUGAAAUUGAACCCGGGCAACCAGCAAAAAGCGUCCACGUCCAGUGAUUCGUACAACGGUCCCGAAUUGGCUGUACAUAUUAUUGGGGCGAGACACCUGCCAUCAAUAUUCGGAUUGAAGCGGGUGGAAGGUUAUGCAAUGAAGGUGAAACUGUUUCCAGGAACUUUGCGAUUCGACACUACAAUUCAAACAUCUUCAUGGCCAACAUUUAACGAAACUUUUAGAUUUCCUUUGGAAUCAACCACCAAAUCAUCGUUCAAAUUCCGAACAAAAUCGACUGAAACUCAAAAUCAAUCGCUUCCGGAGAAACUAUUCAAAGGACAUUUCGUGGUGAUAUCAGUUUUUGCUCUGUUGGAACUGCCGCUCGGUGCAAGAUCAUCGGUCCGACUGAGAUUGGAGAAAAUCCGUCGGAAAAGUGCCAACCUUUUGCAGGAUUCCGGUAAGACUGACAAAAAUAAAAAACCGGAAGUGCCAGAAAGUGACAUUAUGAAAUUGACUACAAGUGAAACAAGGCGGAAUGUUGGAUCGGUGACGUACUUUUUGGAUCCGAAAAUAUUUGACGAAAACCGAAGAAAUGGAAACUACGAGACAGAUGAAUUUUGGCUACCUAUUAAGGACAUAUCAGUUUCAUCAACAACGCAAUCGACAUCUGUGGCAUCAGUAAACUCAUCACCGAAGGGGCAGGUAGAGUUAAUUUUGCAGAUAUGCGAGGCAGAUUCAAACGAAGACGAAGAGUCCAACGAUGCUGCUGAUAGCUCAGCGCCUAGUGCCAACAAAAAGGACGAACAAAAACGCCGAUUAUCUUUUAAUGAUGUAAAAAAUCGCCUGAAGAAUUUAAAUCUAAGCAAGAAAGAAAAGUACAGAGGAAUGUGUCUCAAGGUGACCACAUCGAAAAUGCGAUGCUCGAUCAAAGUGAAGGAGGAUUUCGAAAAUUUCGGAGAUACCGUCUACGUAAAAACGACCAUAUUCGAACAUGACAUACUAUCGAGUGCGUGGAAAUCCAAUGAGUUUGCACCAUCACUAUCCACACGAUGGAACACUGACAAUUCGACCAUUGUCAUUCCUAUUGUUAACGAGGCAUCUCUAGACUACAUUUCGAUAAAGGUUUCAGUGGCAACGAAAACGAAAGUCGGGAAAAAGAUUUUCUUGGGUACGUUGACCAUCAAUAACAAAACAGCGGAUAAUCACUGGCAUAAUAUGCUUACCGAUAAAGGUUUGCCCGUUCCGAUGUGGCAUAAUUUUCAAUAAAUCGGUUGCGGAGACGGCUACGUCAUCUGUUCUUCGAUAGAAAUAAUAAGCAAACUCUUUUCAUGUGGCUAAAUGUUAAAAGUAAUUGAAGGAAAGGAUUUCGCAUGAAUCUGA